CAGUGUUGCCAAACGGUCUCUUAGUGUCAUUAUUUCACUUCAAUUUUCCUCAUUUUUGAAGAACAUGUUUUUAUUUAGACUAUUUUUAGUCCCGGAUAAACGGAUCAAAUCAGACUUAAACAGAUCAGACCAUAUUCAGAUAGUUAUAAAAAGCACAGGGACCUGACAUUUACCAGACCAUACUCAAAUAGAAUAGACCAGACUUACACAAACUAAACUAGGUCAGACCAGACCACAAAAUUUCAGUCCAAUUAAAAACAUCCUCAUUAGUCAUUAGUCCCAUUACACAUGUCACAAUUCAGCUGAAGUACAUUAUUCUUUGUUAUCAACUUUGUAGAUGGUUUUGUGUUAAUAUAUUAAGCUUUGUUUACACCUAAUCUGGACUUGCAGAAUCUAGGCAACUGGCAACAGAUUGUAAAGAUGCAUUUCUUCUUUAAAUUAUUUCCUCUUGAAUGAUUUGUAAUGUAUUCCAUACUCAAACAAUAGAGUACAAUACUUUUUUGUAAUACCACCAAAUGGCUGAAAGAAUGCAUAAAUUUACCUCAUAACUCACUACAAAAAAACUUCGAUUUAGGCAAGGUUUUUGGCUGGGAAAUAUUCCCAACCAACUUUGGUGCGGCGGUAGGCGCGGAAUAGGGCUGAAAAUGCCUGAGAUGCGCAAUUGGCAGGGAAAGUCUGAGCCAAACGUUUGCGUCGGUUUAUUCCGAGCCAAAUUCCCAGACAACUCCGAGUAUUUAUAGCCGGCAGCCAAUUAAAUGGGAUUGGAGGACAUUUUGGCUCAAUUCCCUUCCGUUCCAACGUUGUGCGAGCCAACAUCCGAGCCAAUUCUGUUGGAUGAUUGCUAUACUGGUGCGUAUGCUUGGACUGAUCCCUGCCAACGAUCGAGCCAAGAUUUUUCCGUGCCAAAUGCCUUGCCAUUAAGUUACCGUUGCCUACAUUAAUUGCCUGCACCAAAGUACACUGAAAAGGUUUUCAGUAGUGUUUAUUUUCCUUGCCGAUUUCCCUGCCAAAUAAAAUAAUAAAUAACUAAUGUUUUGUUGGAAUUUUACAUCUGCCUUCAUUACACAUACUCAUCCCUGCACCCAAACUCUUCUGAUAAAAUGCUGAAUUCUUCUGAGAUGAUGGAAGUUUUAUGGAAUUAUUAUGGUGGGAUUUCUUAGAAAUUUAUUAUCUACGCAUCAUAAGGCACAAUGUAUAAAGAAAGUAGAAGUUGGAUGUAUAAUCGUUAUGUUGACAUUGGUAGAGGAUUGACACAAGAGUUUAAGGAUGGAGUUAAUGAAUUUGUUACAUUUGCACUGGGACAACAUCAGUACAUGGAUGGAAGUAAAAUAAGGUGCCCAUGUAUGGAAUGUAAAAAUAGAAAAUUUGUAGAAAGUGAUGAAGUUUAUUGGCAUUUAUAUACACAUGGUUUUAUAGACAACUAUUACAAUUGGAUUUCCCAAGGUGAGCCGUUGGAGUCGUAUUUUGUGCCGCAAACUGUAGGAAUGUCUCGUUAUGUUCCGGAGGAGAUGUCUACUUGGGGCAAUUAUGAAGACAUGUCAUGGGAUCAAAGAAUGGUUUAUGAUUUGCCAUUGGUGGAAGAGCUGAAGCAUUUAUGGGAUGUGGGUGUUCCUACGUAUGAUGUUUCAAGAGAUCAAAUAUUUAAUUUGAAAGCUGCAAUUUUGUGGACAAUUAGUGACUUCCCGGCAUAUGGGAUGCUUUCUGGAUGGAGCACUGCAGGUCUCAUGGGAUGUCCUGUCUGUAUGGAGAAGUCAAAUGCAUUUUGGCUCAAGAAUAGCCGCAAACCAUCUUGCUUUGAUUGUCACCGUCGAUCUCUCCCACCGAACCAUUCAUAUAGAAAGGAUAAAAAGUCAUUUAUCAAGGGUCGCAUUGAGCGUGAUCCUCCGCCUCCGAGGUUAUCAGGAUAUGAGAUUUAUAAUCGCGUUCGAAACAUCCCUUCUGCCAUGGAUGAACCACUCGAGUACCCUGAGGGGUAUUUGACUCAUCAUAAAUGGACAAAAAAAAGUAUUUUUUGGGAAUUGCCAUAUUGGAAAGAUCUUCUCAUAAGGCAUAAUUUGGAUGUAAUGCAUAUUGAAAAAAAUGUUUUCGAUAACAUUUUUAACACGGUCAUGAAUUUCAAGGGAAAAACCAAAGAUGGUUUAUCAUCAAGAAAGGAUGUAGCUCUAUAUUGUGACAGACCGGAAAUUGCUAUGGGCCCCGAGUAUGAAGGCCCCUUCAAGAAAGCAAUUUACCAAGUCACAGAUGAACAAAAAAAGAGAAUUUUGGAGUGGCUCACAAAGUUGCGGUUUCCUGAUGGAUACACAUCCAACUUGAGACGCUGUGUUGAUUUAGAGAACUUGUUGAUGAAGAGCAUGAAAAGUCAUGAUUGCCAUGUAAUUAUGCAGCGCCUCCUUCCAGUGGCUCUACAGGAAUUUCUCCCGGAGAGUGUAUGGAAUUGUAUUACUGACGUGAGCCAAUUGUUUCAGUUAAUAUGUUCACCUGUACUCAAUCAAAAGGCACUUCUGGAC